AUGUCGUCACAACCUUCAGUAUGUGCCUCACAAGUCCUCGUUGAGAUGAAAACAGUGAAGGAACGCGAAACAAUACCGUUCGAUUCGACGAAGCUCUUUCAAUGCUACCAAAGUCACGAAGCCAUCAAGCAAUAUCUGGACGACCUGCUGCAGCGGUACUCGAGCAAAAUUGAAAUCUUCUCGUGUGCCGAAUCGUACGAGGGACGUGAGAUCCGCACGGUUCGUAUCUGCACUGACGUUAAGCAACAAACUCGAUCGCCGGCCAACCGGUGGUGCAUCCUAAUCGACGCCGGAAUCCAUGCCCGCGAGUGGAUAACGGUUUCGGUGGCACUCUUCAUCGUCAAGCAGCUGCUCGAAGAGGAUGCGAUCAGCACGAAAAACUUUCGUCGCUUCGAGUGGAUCAUACUGCCCCUGCUCAAUCCGGACGGUUACGAGUACAGCCGCGAGCAUAACAAAAUGUGGCGCAAGACGCGACGACCGUUGGGAAUGAAGAACCAUCGCACCUGCGUCGGCGUCGACUGCAAUCGAAAUUUUAACGUCGCCUGGACGAUUGGAACCACCCGCUUCUGCUCGCUGCUGUACCGCGGUGAGCGGCCGUUUUCGGAACGGGAAACCAAAAACGUCCGCGAUCUGUUCCGGAAGCUGCGACCUGCGUGCAAGUUUUAUCUUUCGCUCCAUUCGUACGCCAAAGCGAUCCUUUAUCCGAGGGCCUACACAAGGACACUGCCGCGCAACUGGCAGAUGCAGCAAACGGUGGCCGAAGCCGGUGCGACUGCAAUGCUGAAAGCGACCGGCGUUCGGUAUCGCUGCGGAAGUGCUUCGGCUGUGCUGCACCAUCCGGUCGGUGGAUCGAGCAUCGAUUACGCACACGACAUCGAGAAGGUCCCGGUGGCGCUGGUGAUGGAGGUUGCCUCCAAGGGUUUCCAUCCGCCCGAAACCCACAUACAGCGCAUCUGCGAGGAAAGCUGGAUCGGCAUCGGGGCGAUGGUGAACUGUUUGGCCGGCAAUUUUCGCACCGUGCUGAAGGGAAGCGGCACGCUACACCUGCGCUGA